GCGGCCCUUGUUCGGAGGAAUAUUGAUACAGACUUAGAUGGAGAAAGAUGUGAUCGAGGUUGAGGCACAAUCAGAGGCCUUACAAAUUGAUUGAAUGUUUCCCAUUUCGAGGGCCGUUCCAUUUGUUCCAACUUUAAUGUUCCAUCCCGUUCGGAGCUCAAAGCUUUUCCUUAUUUACGUCCAUCCACCGGCGCGAAGAUGAACACCGAUCAGUGCUUCAAGGAGGGUCACUUGCUGUUCCAAUCGCAGGGAAUGUUGAAGAAAUCCUGGCAGCGGAAGUAUUGCCAGCUCUAUAAAGCUAGCAAGCAAGGUAUAGAACGUCUCGAAGUGUUUGAAAGCAAGGAUGAUAAGCUGAAGACUGCCGUAAAAAUUAUCACUUUAGAAAAUUGUGUUAAAAUUACCCAAGAUGUUCAGAAAAAGGAUCCUUAUGUGUUUGCCGUGUUCACUAAAGUGGCAGUUCACAAUUUUGCAUCGCCAACUGAGUCUGAAAUGUCUGAAUGGAUAUCUGCCAUGCAAGCUGUAGCAUUUAAGGAUGAUUUUUCUCACCAAACUAUUGAAGAGGACAAUGAUUUGUACUGUCCAUCAGGAGAAGGUGUUUUUUCUGUGAAGUUGGUGCCUUCAGAUGCAUCCUCAAACUGUGGUCUUGAUCCAGGGCCAUAUACACUUGUAGUUACACCAACUGCUCUACAACUGAGGGAGCACAAUACAAAUCACUUAUUGUUCACUUGGCCUUAUCGUUUUAUCCGACGCUAUGGAACUCGCACAGGAAAAUUUACUUUUGAAGCAGGCCGUAAAUGUGAGACAGGAGAGGGGGAAUUUCAACUUGAGCACUCAAACCAACAAGAAAUCUUUAGGUGUAUGUCCUCUAAAAUGAAGAAUAUGCGUCAACUUUUGCCUGCCUUGGGGUCCACUAAUAGCGAAUUCGAAGGAGCUUUGAGCAUGCUACCUCGGUCACGUAGUCCUCUAUUGCCCUCACCAACAAGUGCAACAUCAGCCAUGUGUGAAUUGGACUUCAGCUGUAGUUCCAGUUCACAGGUAUCUGUUCAAACUCUACCUCGUCAACCACCACCUUUGCACCCCAAGCCUCCAUGCAAACCUCUAGUUUUAGCUAAACCUAUUCCCCCUGCCAAACCAUCUAAGCCAGCCAAGCCUCCUCGCAAGAGCCUAGAAACUAUUCAUAAUCGAGAACAGGUGUACACUCCAGGGAGCAUGUCUUUGCCAACAACCCCCACAGAUGACUAUGAUAGUGUAGUUGUGAGGAAAGAAGCAUGGCGUACUCUAGGUAUGGAAGAAAUGCAUCAUACUGAACGACGUACAGCUGGCACUCAAAAUGCUGAUGACUAUGAAGAUAUAGAUGCUCCGCGUGAUGAUACACCUGCUCCCUCACCUAUGCCCCUUCUAGAGCAACAAAGAUGUCCAGCAAUAUUUUCAGCUGGUGAUUUAAGAGGUGUAGAUCCCACUGAUAACUAUGAUAAACUUGAACAUUUUGGCACUUCCACUAGGCUAAGUACACGCUCUUCUAGCUACCAUCAUUUUGGGAAGUUGCAGUCUGCUGCAAGUAUGUCAAGGCUUGAACAUGGACCUCUGUCCAAAAUGUUGUCAGACGAUGACAUUUCAUCAGACCCUAUUGAGUCUUGCAGGCGAGCUGAUGAUUCACACUAUGGAUAUGGUUCGGUUCGCAGGCCUUCUGAAACACUAAGUGCACCAUUUACUUUAAGCUUGGCUAGACCCAAUCAUCAACUGUGUAAUGAACAGGAGUAUGCUCUUGUCACAUGUAAACCAAAAUUGGUCUAGUAAGCAUGUAUCAUUAAUCUUCAUUGUCUGUGAUUGUAGAUUAGACUGCCUACCUGGCCCAUAGUGAUUUUUGUAUAUAAAUCUAUAUACCAUGUAUAUUUUAAUCCAAUUGUACACUUAAGUGUACAACCGAAUGACUGUAUUUUUACAUAUCAGAGCUGCAUCAUAUUACCUAUGUAUGCUUUUACUUAUUUUACCAUGAUAUUUUGUACUUGCUUUUCAGUUGUGAAACUUUUGUGAAGUGUUGUCUAUUGAAGUCAUUCCACAAUUUUGGCUUUCAACAUUGAUGUAGAAGGCCUAAGCCCACUUUAGAUAUGUUGUAUCAUAGAAAUUAUUUUUUAAUCAAUCAAUGCUUUAUGGAGGCAAUGAUUUUGUAUCUUAAUUUUAAUGUUUGGACAUGAACUUGGGUUCCAUGUAUUUUGUUUGCUUCCUUGAGUGAUUCAAGAAAAAAAAUCUUUAUCUCUGAUCUGAUAAACUCAUCCUCUGCAUUUUUGAGGAAAUGUCUUUUUGGCAUUAUGACUGAGCACCGUCUGAAAACUGCUCCCGAGUCUUGGUAUUCUGUGAUAUUGGUUUGUUUACUCAGCAAGCUCAACUGAACUUUUUUUUAUCACACUUUCAAUGUUCUCUCCUAAUUAGGUGCCCCCACACUGAACACAUUCUGCCCUCCUGCUUCUGUGCUGUCUGCCUAUGCCCGCCUCCCCGGACGUAGCAAACCCGGGGAGCCGAACAUCGGCCAUCACAUCACUUUUAUUCAGUUGGGGGGCAGCUGAAAGGAUUUUUCGCAUGAUGAAUUGUUGAAGACGCCCUAUUUUUGAGUUCAGAAACUUGCACUACUGUGUAAACCCUUGUAUGCUCAACACUGUCAUCACCAAGAAAUACCUUAUUACUAUCCAGUGACAAGAUUAUGUAUGUGCCAAGAUAUUCUUUAAGACUAAAAGCAAGUUGUUGGUUCAAACAAAUGUAAUGAUAUUUAUAAUGUAGAAUUAUAUCCUGAACAUCUACAUGAUACAUGUUUAGAUUGUGCCAUUAGGAUUUGGUAUGUAGUUAUUGUUAAUUAUUUUAAAGUACUUUAAGAAUGCUAUUCUUUGAUUUAAAAAAAAUUGUCUAUAAUUUUCCCAUUUCCAGUUUUGAAACUUAUAAAACAUAACUUGUUUUGUUGGAUCUUUAUGAAGGAAAUCUUUUCUUGUAAUCUCAGUGAUAUUUGGUUGGUCUUUCUUUCAUUCUGAAAAAUAUGUUAUUUGUAUUGUGUACGUCUAGUAUGGAGUAAUUCUUAUUUCCCAUCAGACAGACCAACUUUUUCAUUCCAUGUCUUGUGUGAUAUAUUAGAGUUGUUUAUGGAGAGAGGCUGAUCUACCCAGAGGGUACUUCAACUUAACCUGGAUUUUUACAAUUUUUGUACCGUUUGUGUCUCUUGUACGGUGUCAUAUUCUAGGCGUCCCUGUUAUUGAAGUUGAAAGUACGAGGGGUCUGGUAGACCUUACUGUAGACGUCAUCUUUGUUUACGUUCACUUACUCUAAUUUAAUCUCAUCUAUCUGUCUGUCUGUCUGUCUGUGUCUAUCUGAACUGUUUUAAUUGUAUGUGUGGUUUGUCUUUCCACAUGUAAUGAUCAUCUAUUGUUUUUGAUGUAAAAUCACAUUUCUACGCUGUUCUUUUCUUUGUACUUAGUUUUACGCUCUUUUCAAGGGCACGACGCAGCAUCUGUAAUACGCUUUGCUGCUUUCUAUUUUGUGUUCUUUUUACUAUUGUUCUCGACGACUUGUGAAAUAUCGAAUAAACAGUCAUAAACGUA